AUGCCUCCCGCUUCCGCUACUCAGAAGCUCAAGGACGAGGAGAAGGGCAACUCCCGAGCUUCAAGCGUCUCCAAGGACCUGGAGAGUCCCAACUCUGACGGUCAAGAGAGUAGCUAUUUGAAGGAACUGCAGAAGACCCUCCGCAAUGCCAUGAAGAAGUUGAACUCCCUCGCCAAAGUCGACGCCAUCAUCGCCGAAAACCCCGACAAGUCGCUUGAUGAACUGAUUGAAGAGAAGAAGAUCAACAACGACCAGAAGGCCCAGGUUCUCAAGAAGCCUACCCUCCAAGCCACCGUUGCCCAGGCUGAGGAGCAGAUUGGUCACUACAAGCAAUUCGCUGUUCAAUACGAGGAUCGCCUGGCUGCUCAGAAGGCCGCACUUGUCAAGGCGCAUGAGGCGGAGCUCGAAGCUGUCCGUCAGAACGCCAUUGCCGAUGCGACUGAGGCUUCCCAGAAGGCACUGCGACAGCAUUUCUAUACCGUGACUAAAUUCUUGUGCGCCGCGGCCAUCCUUCGACGCGACGGUGAUGCCGUCACCACCGAGAGCCGUGCUUUUGAGGGUGUUCUAUUCGAGGUGUACGCUGGCAAUCAGGCUGCAGUCAACUCGCUACUGAAGAUUGCCGAAGGUGCUGAUGAGAAGGUUAAUGCUGUUGAGGGCACCACUCUUGAUUUUACCUAUGGCGACGUGAAGCAAUCAUCUGACAAGUUCGCUCCGCCCGAGGAGACUACCGAAGUUGUCUCGGAGGCAACCCCCGUCACAGAAUCUACGACCGACCCUACCAUGGCCAAUGCUGGACUGACCGAGCUCCAGGAUAGCUCUUUCGGCGCUCAGGCUGAGCCUGCAGCUUCCCAAACUGAUCAUGUGGUUCCUCCUGCGCAGACUAUGGUUUCCGAUGCUGGAAACUCUACCGCGGAGCAAACCUGGGCUCCUACUUCCGAUGAGAGCGGCGAAUGGGUCAAGCUUCCUCGCAAUCCUGAUGAGACCGACACUGGCCUUCAGGCUACCCCGGCUAGCGCUGAUGCGGGGUUGAACAAUGGCUCGGUUGGUGCUGAUGUUUCGACUCAGGGCGAGAACGGUGCCAAGUCUGCUGGACGCCGCCGCCACGGACAGGGAAACCGUGGCCGAGGCCGGAAUGAUGCUAAGCGUGCUCCUGAGGGCCGGACUGGCGAGGGUCGUGCUCCCGAGGGUCGUGGACGUGGUGGAAGACGAGGCGGUCGUGGCGGUCGUGGUCGUGGCGGUGCAAGCGGCCCUGGCCCUAGCUCGGCGGAAGCUCCUGCUUCCAGCGAGUAA